AGCCAUCCAAACAAGAGCUCUCUCUCUCUUUCUCUCUCUCUCGCUCUUAAAGGCCGUCUCUUGUGGUUCUCUCUUUCUAUAUCGUGCGCUUCUCAUACAAUCUCAUCCUCAGGCAGAUUCGUUUCCUCUUCUCGAUCCCUACCCCAACUGCAAUCAUGAGUGACGAAGGAGAAAAGACUUGUCCUCUCUGCGCAGAAGAGAUGGAUUUGACUGAUCAGCAGUUAAAGCCAUGCAAAUGUGGUUACGAGAUAUGUGUUUGGUGUUGGCAUCACAUAUUGGAUAUGGCUGAAAAGGACGAGACAGAGGGGCGGUGUCCUGCAUGUCGUUCUCCUUAUGACAAGGAGAAGAUUGUUGGGAUGGCAGACUCUGCGAGGUUGGCGGCUGAAUUUAAUGUGGAGAGAAAAAAGGGCCAGAAGUCAAAAUCCAAAUCAUCCGAUGGACGGAAGCAACUCAGUAGCGUUCGCGUGAUUCAACGGAACCUUGUCUACAUAGUUGGCUUGCCUCUUAAUUUGGCAGAUGAAGAUCUUCUCCAGCACCGUGAAUAUUUUGGUCAGUAUGGUAAGGUUCUAAAAGUGUCCAUGUCUCGAACAGCAGCUGGUGUAAUUCAACAAUUUCCCAACAAUACAUGUAGUGUAUAUAUUACCUACUCAAAAGAGGAGGAAGCGGUUCGUUGUAUUCAAAAUGUACAUGGGUUUCUUUUGGAUGGUAGAUCGUUAAGGGCUUGUUUUGGAACCACAAAGUAUUGUCAUGCUUGGCUCAGAAAUGUGCCUUGCAGCAACCCUGAUUGUCUCUAUUUGCAUGAGAUUGGUCCGCAAGAAGAUAGUUUUUCUAAAGAUGAAAUAAUUUCAGCAUAUACGAGGAGUCGAGUUCAACAAAUCACUGGUGCUGCAAACAAUAUGCAACGGCGUUCGGGGAAUGUGUUGCCACCACCAACAGAUGAAUAUUGCAAUAAUAGUUCUGCUUCUGCUGGAAAGCCAAUUGUUAAAAAUACUAGUAAUAUUGCAAGUGUUGUUAGAGGUUCUCCACCGAAUGGAAGUUCUGGUAGAUCAAUAGCUCUUCCUGCUGCCGCCUCCUGGGGAAUGCGUGCUUCAAAUGGCCAGCCACAAGCAGCCAGUAUAGCAUGUCCAAAUGGUUCUUUGAAGCAGAAACCUGACACCGUUGUCAGUACAUUGGAAUUUUCAUCCGCAGUUGCAGGGACAACUUGGGCUUCGUCUAUGCAUGGUGAUGCUGGAAAGAGGCCUACAUUGAAUGAAGAAAUUCAAACUAUGAACCCUCAAAGUAAACCGGAAUCAUUGAAAUCUUUGAAACAGCAUAUAAGUAUGGAUUCUCAAGCUAAUUCAUCUGAGAAAUCCGCCACAUCGGAUGGAACUUGUGCUUCUUUAACUUUGAGCUGUGAAUUAUCGUGUCCACCAGCAUCUAAGGAAAAUGAUAGAGGCAUUAGUAUGCCAGCCGAGAUUACAAAUUCUGGUUAUCACACUGGGCAGUCUUGUGAUUCUGUUCCUGAAAAUUCAAGGGUUGCUAGUGAUGGUCAGAUUCAGAACUUGUGCUCUGACAUGUCAUCAAUAAGCAUUGAUAGAAUUGCUAAAGAUGAACAUUCUAGUGUGGUCAGCCCAAAUAGUUCACUUUCUGAUCACGGCUUGAAUAUAGCACCAGGAAAUCAAGGGUUACAGAAACAUUAUGUUGCUCAAUAUAGAGAACAUUCAAUCACAACAGUUGGGAAAGCUAAUUCAAUCAAUGGGGUAUAUGCAUCAAGAGAGCAAUGUGACUGGAGAUCAGAUUCACAUGCUCAAGCAACGAAGGAUACAUCUCCUGGAGUGGAAGAUGAUAUCAUAUCUUUUGAUAGUCAAAGACUCAAGGAUCCAGAAGUUGUAAGUAGGUCUUCUUAUUUGACUAAUUCGUCUAACCCGCUCCAUGUUUCAAGGUCUAACCCUUUGCAAUAUAGUGAUGCUUAUGGUGCACUUAGUUUAAAUGCUGAUCAUCCAAUACAUGUGGAUAAUAGAGUUAGCGACAGUCCGCUUCUACAUUCAUCUAGUGUUUCAGUGAUGUCUAAUGGUUUCCCUGAGAACUUGGUCAGCAGUGCCUCUGGUUCGGGUAGGACCUUGGAAGAUUCCUUUUUGCUUCCAAAUGAAGAGAAAGGGAAGCAGAUGGGAAGAUUCCUGGGUGAUACAGCUAAUGGUGAUAGCAAUGCUGCUGUAGAUAAAGGAGAGAGCAGCAUAAUCUCAAAUAUAUUAUCCUUCGAGUUUGACACGUGGGAUGAGCCAUUGGCAUCCCCUCAAAAUCUGGCUAAGUUGUUUGGUGAAAGUGAUGAACAGUCUGGUUCUUCUGGCAAAAUAUCGAGUUCCUGGAAAAUACAAAAUAACAAUCAAUCCCGGUUCUCUUUUGCAAGACAGGAGGAUUCGAAAAGUCCUGCAUUUGAUGUACAGCCAUCUUUACAUGCCAUUGAGAAUUUGCCAAAAAGCCGUUCAUUUGGCCAGGAUUUCACUGAAAGAGAUUUGUAUAUGGACAAACUCGGCUUUGGCAACGGUUUCUCCUUCCGAAAUUUUGAAGAAUCUGAAAAUCUUGUUAACAGUCAUCCUAUUAUCUCUUCUAAUAAGUUUUCUGGCGUCUCCAGAGCACAAAUUUCAGCCCCUCCUGGAUUCUCUGUACCAAGCAGGGUACCGCCCCCAGGUUUUUCCUCUAAUGAGAGAGUGGACCAGGCUUUUGACCCCAUGUCUGGGAGUCAUCUGCUUGACACCACGCCCUCCUUGUUGAGAAAUUCAUAUCAAGCACUGCCCACUGGAAAUGUUGGUAAUGCUGGGGAGAUUGAGUUUAUGGAUCCUGCAAUUUUGGCAGUUGGGAAAGGGAGACUUCAAGGGGGCCUUAACAAUCCAGGCUUAGACGUGAGAUCAAAUUUCCCUCCACAAUUAAGCACCUUUGAGAAUGAUGCCAGAUUACAACUAUUGAUGCAAAGAUCGCUCUCCCCACAGCAGAACAUGAGGUUUGCUGACAUUGGGGAUAAUUUUUCUCAUCGUAGUGAUUCUUAUGGCCUUUCUUCAAGGCUUGUGGAUCAAUCACAAGUGAGCAACCUAUCCCCUUUUGCUGCACAGCUGUCCCUCCAACAGUCUAGAAAUGCGCUUAUGUCUAAUGGUCAUUGGGACAAUUGGAAUGAAGUUCAAGGUGGAAACAGUCUGGGUAUGGCAGAGCUCCUAAGAAAUGAUAGACUGGGAUAUAAUAAAUUUUACACUGGUUAUGAAGAUUCAAAAUAUCGGAUGCCCAGUUCUGGUGAUCUCUAUAACAGGACAUUUGGGAUGUGAUUCUUGUCAGGAUACUUUUGGCAUGGCUGGCAAUGCUUAAAGAGGAAUUGAAAAUAAUCUUGUGUGAUUUGGUGGCACUAUAUUGAGAGGAGGGGACUGACUAAUAAGCUAUAACUGGUCUCGUUGGACAGCCUGAUGAAGAAUCAUAACUCCUUGAAAGAAUACGGUCUGGUUGCCAAUGGGUGAACUAAGCUGCGAGUCUACUAGUAAUGACCAUGAAGACCCGCCAUGGAUAACAGAUUAUUGUGGUGAAUGCUUUAAAUGAUCAAAUUGGCAUGCAGAUGCUUCAGAUGUCCCUAUGUGUUGCUCCUAAUUACACCAGUUAAAAUCGGUGUUGCUCUCACCUUAAAGUAGAUGGAAUCUGACCUCUUCCUUUUGAGUUUUUUCACUGCCUUGACAGAUCUAACCCUACUAACAUAAAAAGUGGCCUAGGCCUCAGAGUGGUCCGACUUUCUUGGGGAAAAAAAUGCCCUUUACAGUUUUUACAAUAUAACGAUAUCAUCUCACAUGUUUAGUUGCAUUCUUUUGUUGUCGGAUGGUAUACAUGUUAAGUUAUUUUGACUUGGCAUGCCUUUUUGUUUGAAGUGUUGCAAUAUAUAUUGGUUUGGUUAGUCA